AUAAAAAAGAUUAAAAAGACAAUAUUUAUUUUAAGAGCUGCAAAAAGAUAUACUAAUAUUCUUUUAUAUGUUUAUAUUAUAGUUCACAAAUGUUCACAAAUUAGAAAUGAUGAAAAAUAUAAAAGGAAAAAUUUGGUUUAUUUAAACAAAACAAAUAAUUAA